GCAAAAUACGUUAUUUGCGUUACGAUGAGCGGCCGCUAAUCGAGAGUCUGCGAGUUAUGUCUGGACCUAUAUGUAACAAGGAUUUAUGACAUGUCACGUAUGUCAGUUAGCCACAAGUUAGAGACCAUUGUAUCGUUAGAUACGAAAACAAAAGAACUGAUCGCUGAGAUUGAAUGCAUUAGCAAAGGAAUUAAUAAUACUAAAUCUUGUCGAGAAAAAUUAGAUUAUUAUCAAACUAAAGUUAGAGAGAAUCUAUUGGCUAUUAAUUCGAUUUUGGAUGAAUUACAAACCUUCGGACGUGAAACAAACAUUUCAUCUACGAAUAGAACACUAUAUGAAGCAAUUGUUGAGAAUAAAAAACAAUUGUUUGUACUGCAGGAUCGAUAUCGUAAAGCGAUAUUCGCAGCUAAUUCAACUUUAGAAACUGUUGAAAAAUUUGAGCUUACUAAUCGUUCAUCAAAAAAUGGCAUUACUAACAAGAUUUCCAAUUUAGAAGAACAAUAUCAAAAUUCAUUAGAACUAACUCAAGAUAUGACAAGAUAUGCUAGACUUUUAGCUGAAGAAGUUCAACGUGGUGCAGCUAAUGCUGAAUUACUUGAAAAUUCAUCAAGUAAAAUAAUAUCGAAUUAUUCUGAAUUAAAAGAAAUGGCUGGAUGUAUGAAUCAGUCAAAACGUCUAACAUCUUUAGCUCGUCGACGUCGUUUUACUGAACGAGUGCUUUUCUUUUUAGCAUUUUCAUUUUUCUUUUUAAGUUGUGGGACUAUAUUUUUACAUAGGUUACCUAUGGGUCAUUUAUUUCUUCCAUCUGGUUAUUAG